GUACUUGCUUUUCUUUUCCCAACGGCAUUUCUUGAUUUCUCUUUUUAAAUAGAGGAACUAUAUUCACAUCAGGCAUUCAUGGUGCACACAAUCAGCAAUGCUGUUGAACGAGAUAUAUACCAUUUUUCUGCUGUCUGUUGCGUUGCAAGUAAUUCGUCUUGUUCUUAUACCAUUCACAUCUGGGACAACUUUUAGCAGAGACACGUUCAUUUCGACCUUCAAGCAAUUGCUGAAACGUUGUGAAUUUUUUUUUUUCCGAUUUCCCGUGAGAUUCUACUAUGUAGGACAGUAUUAUCUAGUCUUGGAGGGUUGUGAUCUUGGUCGAUGACACGUCGUAUAGUUGACUUGCAAAAUUAUACUUUAGACUGUUC